AUGGAGAAGGAAUUCCAGGAUGCACAUGGUCCCACCAUGCCCUUGAGCACCCAGAGGUCAAGCACUAGUGAUGUAGGCGAGUCGAUAAAAAAUAUCGAUAUUUUCAAAGUGGGCACACGCCUACCACCAUUUUGGCCGGAAGAGCCCGAAGUUUGGUUUGGACAAGUAGAAGGUCAAUUUGCAAUAUCCGGAAUCACCAGCGACUCAACCAAGUUCCACUACGUGAUCAGUCAGCUGGAUACCCAGUACGCGAGGGAAGUGAAAGACCUCAUUAUUAGUCCGCCCGCAUCAAAUAAGUACGACAAAUUAAAAGUCGAAUUAAUUAAGCGGUUGACGGCGUCGAAGGAGAAAAAGCUCAAGCAGCUCUUGAUGCACGAGGAGCUCGGAGACAGAAAGCCCUCUCAAUUUCUCCGUCACCUUAAAAGUCUCGCUGGCGUGAAUGUUCCCGACGAUUUUUUAAAAACCAUCUGGAUAAGUCGCCUAUCACACGGGAUCCAGACGGUGCUUGCAGGCCAGCCACCAACAGCUACCAUCGAUGACCUGUCAGAUUUGGCUGACCGCAUACAGGAGUUGGCCGCACCUUCACCAUCUGUGGCUUUCACAAGCGCAGCCAGUCCCAACACGGCCCUGGAUGUCCUCGUCAGAGAAGUAGCUGAGCUUCGGAGACAGGUUCAACAGCUCAGUACAGGCAGGAACAGCAGAGCCCGUACACGAUCUACGAGGUCGCCUCACCAUAGAUCAUCAUCCAGGUCGACACGAUCAGAGUCUAAUUACAGGAAGUUUCCACUUUGCUGGUACCAUGGUAAAUUCGGAGAGAAGGCCAGCAAAUGCGUAACCCCCUGCGACUACAAAUCGGGAAAUGCCAGGGGCGGUCGAUAA